GUUAGGAAAUUAUAGAAUUGCUGCAUGUGCACCAGUUGUCGAUUUAGAUAACUAGUAAUGAAGCUAGCAACAUAAGCAACAGUAUUAGAUGCAUGGCUGACCUACAGAUGUUCUGACUGGUUUACAGGGUUCACCAAUAGUUAGACUGUAAAUGAGGACGAAGGGCUACUGGACUACUUGUCAUUAACCUUGAUAGGGUAUACAAUACAGGUCUUCAACUGACCAACUCAGACACUCUGAUUCCCCAACAAUUCAUCUACAUUUGGAUUGAGCGGUUAAUAGAAGAGAAGAAUUACGAUAACGACAUACAAAGAGUCUUGGAAUAAAAAAGGAAUAAAUGACAUUGGACAAACACAGGAAGCUGAAGUUGAAUGCAUAUUUAGUGUCUUCCCAAUCAAUAUUCUAUGCAUCGUAUUGAUUGUGUCAAUUUCGUGGUAGCCGCUCAAGUGGUGAUUCUUUUAUAGCGAGCUGCAGCCAUCCUUGUAUUUACUGGUUACUCUUGUUGCUCAUGAGCAUGUAAAGACCGAUCCGAUAUAUAUCAGCAUCUGCGAAUUUAUGAUGCACUGGUAAAUUCUGUGGAGGAGCGAUCGUCUUUAUGAAGUGUGUUUUUUCCUACUUGGAAACAGUAAAGAGCGUUAUCUUUGAAAGAUAAAUUUCAACCUUGGCAUAUAUACAUGUCAUUUUGAAGAUGAAAUUUCAAAUAGGGAGAAAUAAAUCUUCUCGACGUUUUUGUUAAUACAUCUGCAAUCUUAUGAAGAUAAUUUCAACGAGGAAUAAAUAUACAAGGAACCUGUUUUUAAGUUUGUUUAAUUCUUCGUAAGUGCAACACAUUGAAACGUGUCUGAUAUAAAUUAGUGUCGCUGCAGUGGUUGGAUGUUCUUGAGUUUGUAGUGUCUCACAGAGUUUAAGGAUAGAUUCAUGGUGAUGCUGCCGUUGGAAACACAGGACUGGAGAUAGUCAGAUAGCAAAGGACUCCGUGUACAGUGUAAUGUAUUACAAUCCAGGGCCGUCUGCCGUGUACAGACUGGAAACAGUUUUUGGAUUUCUGGUUCGUGCAACACUAUACAACCAUCUUAUUUUCUGGUGCUGUAGGAGGACUAUGGAGGGAUAAGUGCUCAGGGUUGUUUGAAGUUGCAUGCUGAACUUUCUACGAGGGAUAUUCCUUCAGUUAUUUUUUGGUGCGUUAUCCCCGACUGACAAGGGGUGCGAUAGGGGAGGCAUAUUAAGAUCACAGAGAUAUCCUGUUGACUGCUGAGCUGGACAGGGCAGACAGCCGUUAUCAUCAAUGCUAGAGAAAGGAUGGAGGCUACUUAGCCUGCUUUGGAGUCUACAAGAGAUUCAAAUGGACGCUAAAUGAUAUGUGGUCCUAACUACAGCUAGUGUGAUGGCGUGGAUUUAUACCAAGUGUCAUGUGUACAUGGUGUGGUAUUUCAUUGUUACCCUGGUAUUGUUGGAUCGUUGCCAGAACCAGCGAAAAUGUGUUGUGGAGGCCAGUACCGAUACAUUCCGUCAGGACCCCUGUCCUCGUACAUCUAAGUACCUCAAAGUUUCCUACAAAUGUAACCCUGACAACUUCACGAACCAGACAGUUUGCCAGGGAGACCAGCUUACCAUUACUUGCCAGAAAUCCACAAGAAUCGUAAUAUACUCGGCGUUAUUUGGACGCACAUCCCAAGACAAUUUACAAUGUUCCUCAGGCACCAGCACAGCAUACGCAGAUUGCAGAUCUCGGACUGCUGUACAAGAAAUCAUGUCUCGUUGUCAUGGACGCAAGCGCUGUGCGGUAGAGGCAGAAGAAUAUGUGUUUGGUAACCCCUGUCCUCCAGGAAUUCCUAAAUACCUCAAUGUUGUAUAUACAUGUGUUCCUAAACGAAUUUUAAAAGAAAACAGUCGACAUCGUCACAAGAAGAAAAAAAAGAAAAAGAAGCCGUCUACAAGCGUGGUCAAUAUUGACAUAGCAGACAGCCACAUUCCGAGUGACCUGACGACCUCAACAACGCAAUCAUCACUCCUCAACACUAUCACCAGGGCACCAGACAUAUUCCCCGCAGAUGAUGCAAAACAGCCUGGCAGGAAAGGUGACCUGACUGUCGAUAAAGGAGGUGACUCGAAGGAGAAGGGUGAGGACGGGGACACACCGAACACUACAGUGCAAUGUAAUAACCACACAGUGCGAGUGCCGGGUGCUAUUGUACCCUCCACCAGUAUGGAGCGUGCAGCAAGUGGCAUGGUGGUCGACUGGUUCAACACCUUCUACUUCUUAAGGGAGAACCAUGAGAAAGCUGUGCUGUAUCUAGUCCUUGGGGUUUGUUUUGGAAUCAUCAGCCUCCUUUUAAUAGUGGUAAUCAAGCUAAUGAUAAACAAUCGACGUAAAAAGAGGGUGAAAUUGGACAUUACAGACCCAACACACAGUCAUUUUUUACCUCCGCCAAAUCAUUUGGACACUCCUACACUGUCACGGGCAGAUUCCAUAGACAGGAUUGAGAUUGUGAGAUUUGAACCACGAUCCACACUUCGUAGGGAUAGAGACGCAACACUUAGGAGGGACUUUGAGUCACACAUUCCUCUAAGAACUGACUUUGAGGCAGAGGACACAUUAAGGAGUGAUCCUGGGGACCGUAGCUUAAAUAAUUACUAUGGCUGAGUGUAGCGUGUAAUGUGAUUGGUUGCAAUUGUAAAAGUGAAACAUGUUCUGUGACUGUCUACCACAAAACAGAAAGGCAGACCCAGCCCUGCUAUCCUUUAAAUGGAUGUAUUAGGUGUUGUGGUUUGUCAAAAGCUUGUGGUAUUCCUGUCACUUAGUACCGAUGCUGUGAUUGGCUGAAUGGAAUAUAAGCUUGUUUGUGAUUGGCUGAUACACGUAUAACCUUGGAACCUGUGAUUGGCUGAUGACUUCAAUCAGUCAUUUAAGCAUUUUGGUGAUAUGAUUUCCAGUGUUAUUCCAGGAAAGUGAUUCCUAUUUGGUGCUUUAAUACAUGUAAAUGUCUGGUGAAGUCUGAUGGAGAAGAGUCAUUGAGCACAGAGGAAUGGCAUAAAUGUAGAGAAAAUGACGAGGUACAGCUUAAUACCAAGUAACGGAUACCGCCACCGCAGCGGUAUAUGAAUGAGAAAUAUAUGUUCUCCAAACUAUUAGGCACUCUGGAACAAAAACAAAGAAACAAAAUUAGAGUCAGGGUAUACAAAAUUCUUUUUGAAAGGAGCACUGUUCAGUGGUGACUUUGAUCCUUUAAAGAAAUCCCACCACCAAUAUAAAGGAAAAGAAAGAAAAUAUUCUGUUGCUUUUUAGAAACUUUGUAAACAAGUUUUGAAAUCUACCUUUUUCUUUAGUCUAAAUAAUGAAAAAAAUAUUUGUUUAUGAAAUAUCACUUAUAAUAGUAUGAAUGUAGAGAAACAGAUUGACAUUGAGUAACCAUUGUGUGGCCAGGAUAUCAACAAGUAUCUAGUGCUGUGGUUGAUUUCAUUCAAGGUACCUAUUCAACCUACUGAGGCAGUGUUUUACAUGAUACAGUGUAACCCUGAUUGUGCUGGAUAAAGAAGUAGUUUGGUAUUUCAUAAGAAUAUAACCACAAACUAGCAAAAACAGUAUUUUACUUAUUAUGACUUUCGUGAUUGAGAAGUUAAGUAUUGAAUGGCUUGUUAAGAUAGAAAAUCCAGAACAAGGAUGGAAAUCUCUGUUACUGCAUUCCUCUAAUAACAAUAGCAAUAAAAUCAGGUUACUAGGCUUCAGAGCAAUUUUCAACAAACUUUAACAAGUAUUUAAGGAGGAAUUUACUUUUGUUUUCUCUUCAGAACACUUGUUUAAACUCCUUCCAGUAUUUAAAUACCACCAGUAAAAUUUCUUGUGUAAGAUUUUGCCAUUUGUGAAGACAACAAUUUGUGCAAUAACAAUCAAAUAUGUUAUUUAAGUUAUUGUAAAAUAUUAGUACAGGUACAACUAGAAGGAUUUUGUCAUAACAUAGGGCAUACCAAGUGUUGCUUCCCUCCCUUGUAGCAUUUGUUGUAUUUUUACUGUUAUAUUUCCUUAUUUUUACAUCUAGUUAAGUACGCAAUAGUAUUGAACAAAAUGGCAAACAGUAGGAAAAUUAUACAAUAUGUGAGGGGAGAUAACUCUUUUAGAAGAUAAGCUUACAUUAAAUUGUACCAUACCAAACGUGAUAUUAUUGCUUGUACCUAUGAUUUUUGCUUGAAUGUUAUGUUUAUUGUUAGAAAUGAAUUUUUACAUUUUUUCAAAAAGUGUAUAAUCCCUUUUAGCACCAUCUUGUUUUUCUGUUACUGUCUACACUUGUACACGAACAUCUUCCAUUGAUAUCAAAACAUUUUAUCAUUUACAUUUUUUUUUUUAACAUUUUUUUUCCGGUUUAUGUUGACAAACAGCUGAUGAUGUCAUAUAUCAUAAUAAUGUGUUUCAACACUGCAUCAUUGAAUUGAUUUGAAUCUCGUACCCUACAGUAGAUGAUCCAGACUAUCUGAUGUUAAUUUCGACACAAUUCUUACAACAUCAUGUUUAUAGUGCUUAUGUAAAUAUUUUCAUAAUUCUGUUAUAAAUGGCCCUUUACCAAAGGUUAAAAUCGUUUUUUUUUAAAACAAAAUUUGGAUUUACAUGUACAUAACUGUUGUUUGAUCCCCUGUGCAUUUUUAUUAGGAUUUUUAUAAGAUGACAUAAAGAAAUGAUUAACCCUUCCCUGUCUGUACGUUUACAGCACCAUUUAGUUGCUUCAUGAAAUACCACGUAAAAUUUUGAAUUUUGCUUUAAACCAAACAUGUGUUUGAAUUUUAAAUACAUGUAUCACUGCGACAAGCAGCUACUAACCAACUUUAAACUUAACUACAGUAGCUAGGAAAAGUUCAAAUUAUGAAAUCUUCUUUGUGGAGAAGAUUGGUUUGAUUAUCUUUCCCAACUAGUAUUACAGCUGCUUGAUGCUUUAAUUUAAUUGAAGUUCUCCUGUUAUGAGCUAAUGAUUUCUGUACAAUGUAUAUUAUAUCAUUCCACUGAAAACUAGACAAUAAAAAGCAGUGUUUUUCAAGUUACAUUAAUCACUAUUUGUUGACCUUAAUGAACAGAUAUGGAAUCGUAAUGUGGGAGGAAAUCAGAGUACUGAAGAAACCUCACGGCUGUCUUGGCGUAAGGCAUGUGCACUACCUGUCUACUGACCUCCUAAAACUAUAUCAAGGUCAAUAGUUCUACACCUACUUAUUGAUCAACUUUUAUCUAAGUAACUUAAGUAAUUUAUUUUUUUAAAGUGCUUAUUUUUAGGCAUACAGUUUUGAAAUCACUUUUAAAUUAUUUUACAUUUUUAAACUAAAUGUGAAUUAAUUUUAAAUCUGGUAUUUUUUAAUUUCCAACUUCUAUUUGUAAACAACUCACAUUAAAGGAGAAGUUGAGGCUGUACCAAAUUACUAUUUACUUAUCUUGACUUUUUACAUAAUUGAUCUACAUGUUUAGUCUGUAUUUUAAAUCAAAUUAUUUGAAACAUUUUGUAAAGAGCUAUACAUUUUAACACUUUGGUGUGAUACUAUUUUUAACACAUUGGUGUGCUUAUUAUGGAUCAGUGAAUUUUAUUAAUUUUAGUUGUAUUUCAGCAAAGCAGGUAGCAAUUCUGUGGCAUGUUGUAUAACAUUGUCUAUUAAUUCAGUGACCACCUUAUAUGAAGUUAAAAGCAAAUACCUAGUACCUGGUAGAGAGGAAACGAAUUAUCUAUUGAUAGUCUUGUAUAAAGAUUUGUCUCCCUUGAAUUUUCUUUGGUUGUAAAAUUAAAGGAAGGUAAGAAAUCAAGUCAUUAGAUAACUCAAUUUGAACAUCUUAUAAUGAGAUGAAAAUUUAAAAAAGGGAAAAUGAAAAAGCAAACUCCUUAAGGUAGAAUUCAAUAUCCACCUUGCCUACUUAAUGUUAAAGUUGUUUUCUCCCACCUCUUACAUAGGAUUUUGGUAAAAAUUAACAUGGACAAUGUAAAUGCAACAGUAACAUACAAGUUAACCUGGAACAUAUUUUGGAAAAGUAGCAAAAGGUACGGUUUACCAAAGAGCAUUCUUAAGGUAUCCUUUAGAAAUCAAGGAUGUCUGCAACAGCCUACAACUGAAGCCUGUUGAAUAUUUUUUAUGUGCAGCUGUGGCCUGUAUUUUGGGAGUAGAUAUUAUUUCUGCUGAUAAAAAUGACAAUAAUGUCUUGUAUCACAUUGAAAUGACUUCACAUUUCAGAAUACCAGCCAACAAAAAACUGCACAUUUUGAACCCAGACAUUAUGUAUGCAUUACCAAUACCUAAUUGGAUUAUUGGUUCUGAAAUAUUUUUUUGGAUAGUUCAUAAAAGACACAUUUUAACUUAGUGUUACCCACACGGAAUAUGUGCGUAUUGUCACUAUAGAGGUGGGAGAAAACUGGUGUUGCUUACCUUCUGUGUUGGCAUGGUAACAGAUGAGUAAAUUUAUAGUAAUUUUUAGAUAAUUUUGAGUGAUGAAGUAGAAAGGUUUUAGGUAAAUUACAAUCAGUCUAGUCAUAAAAGUAUAUAUACUUGUUGAUUCAACUCAUUUUCCAAUUAUAUUAUUCUGUCAAUCUGAUUAAUAUACUUAACUUUUAUAUUGCUUUGUUAUGUAUUUCUAUAAGAUUGAUUAUUUUGUGAGUCAACAAAUCAAAUAUUUUACCUGUAAAAAGUUGUAUAUAUUAUCACGCCUUGAUAUCCAUGUGUAUACAUUUUCAUUAAGUCAUUUAAUUUAUAUUCAUAUUAUAUGAUGCAAUAUUUGUCCAUUUCAUUUCCUUAGGUUAAGAAUAGAUACACAAACUAUAUAUAGGUCUAUAAGGGACUAAGAUAGGUGUUUGGUAGGACCUGUAGCUUCUCCUUAGGGAUGGCAGUUUCAUCAUUUUAAUUUUAGUAUUUGGCUGGUGCUUCAAAUUAGUUGCCUCCCCUUAUUUGGUUGGCUCAUAUUGAAGACAAAAACUCAGGUGAUCAGAUCAGUUCUACAGAAUUAUUUAUUUAUUCCAUUAUAGGUCCAAGUGUAAAUACAGAUCUGACCAUUUAGCAAGACAAGUGUCAGUACAUUUGUAUAAUUAUGUAUUUAACAUAUUUUCAAUAUUGAGAAAAAAUGAUACUGUUAGCCUAGUGUGUUCAAAAUGGUUGCUUAAUUGAAAACACAUUUCUGCUGCUGAUACAAAUAUACCUGAUAACCUACAGGGUAAAUGGCACUCAAUCAGACUAAAAUUUUAUAAAUUUAUAAAGUUCAUGUAAAUUAUCAUAUGUGUCAUUGGAAGUUGUCCAUGGUUAGUGUAUUUGACAUAAAAAUAAGCACACUCUUGUAAAAUAUUAUCAAGUAACAGUCCUGGUCGGCCGAUGAUCUGAACCUAAGUGUACAGGUAGACAGGUUCAACUCCUGACCUCCUGGAUAUAUAUCCGAGGUGUAAUAAUUAAUUUCUAUUCUUGUAAACAUAACAAUGUUUUGUAAUGAUAUUGAUCUGCUUACUUUAGUGCUGAUGACACAUCCUAUACAACAAAAUGUCAGUGUCUCACUCCCCACACAUCACUAUAUUUAACCUUUAUCAACCCAACAUUCCAUCAACCUGUCAAGAUACAUCUCAUAAAACCUAGCUUCUGUUGAAAAGAUAAUAACCCUUUCUAAUAUAUAAGAACCCAUUUAUUCUAUGUCCUUCUACACCCUUGAUCCUCUGACAAGUAACCCAGCCCACCCUCAGCCCAGCCCAGCCCAGCCUCCAUCCCCUCUUCCAUCUGAAUCCCUUGGUGUCAGGAUUGGGAAAAUUGCCAUGGCUGGUAUUCCAACAUGGUGCCUCUAAACUCUUCACAGAUGCUCCAUCUGAGUUGUUUGGUCAGGAGUGCUCUUUGAAGGAAGUCCAGUUUUGCUAUACCUUGUCCACGUCGCUUUAGGCCCCUCCUCGUCCAGAUGACUCCCCCGUCCCUCAUCGAAGUCAGUAUCCUGAAACCCCACAUAUACACAUCACUUUACAACCUCAACUUUUAUGAAUGUGUUCCCAUUUUCUCAGUAGAAGUGCAUAAAAGUACACGGGUAAUACAUAUAUAUACGUUGGUUAAUCAUAAAACUAUGCAUUAAUUAUCAUUAUCUUAUAUUAGAUGUUACAAAUCAUACCUUGUCAACAAUUUCUUUUCCGAAAGUCUUUUUUUUUUUACUUUUCGUUCUCUGCCAAUCAUGAAUGAUAAUUUUGAAUUCCACAAUUUUUUAAAACAACAGGAAAUCUUAGUGAUUUUUUUUCUUCUCUAUUGUAUGACCAAAAUCUUCACAUAUAAUAUCUGCAGGAAUGCAGUAGAGAGGUUCCGAAUGUUGGUAGAAAUAUGUGAAUAUCACUUUUUGUACAAAUCAUAUCAGACUGAAUGAUAACCAACAAAUGUACACAAGUAUCAAAUGUCUUCUUCUCUUUUUACAAAAACAAUAUGAAUGUUGUAAAAGUAUGUUUGUAUUGUAGAGUUGUCCGUUGAAUAUAGUUUACAUUGUAAAACUACGCUAUUAUACAAUAUCAAAAUACAGUACAAUUAAAAUGGGGGAAAAUAUUAUUGAUUGUUGUUGAGUUCUUUGUUUUGCCUUCAGUUAAACAGAAAUCAUUUCACGUUACACCAAGCACAGGUUAAUCGUGCCGCGAGAAACAUUCAACACAUAUUAAGCCCAAACCUUGUUGAUAGGGAGUGCUUCUAAGUUUGGGAAAAUACGUAACCUUGACUUAUAUUCAAAGUUACCUAGUCAACAGUGUCGGCUGAAGAACAACGGCCUUAGAAUCAUGAUAAGUAGCUUUGCUGGUAUCCAGUACUACAGAGUUUGUGAAAAGAAAGGACCUUGACCUAUAUUCAGGAUCAAAGACAUCAAAACUCUCAAAUGACUUCUUCUGAAGAACCAAGAGACCUAGAGUCAAGCAUGCAGCUUUCUGGAUUGGAUUACAAAAAUGUUAAACAUCUGAAAAACUAUUAAGGCC